AUGUCUACAAGUAAAAUUCCUUCAGAAUGCCCUAUGCAUGAAAAAACUGCGCAGCGUUUUCAAAGUGAAAUAUCGUAUAAUGAUACUUCGAAAGAGACAAGUUGUGGAGUUUCUCUUUCGCCAGACAAUCUAAUGCCGCAACUUUCCCAAGAACCAGUACCUGGACAACAAAUACCCCUUCCAACUAAUCGUAUCAUUUCUUCAAUUCCAAAAUCUAAAGGUUCCGAAUAUUGGGAAUAUCCUUCCCCUCAACAAUUUUAUAGUGCUUUAGUUAGGAAAGGUUGGGAAACUCCCGAGGAAAGUAUUGAAAUGAUGGUUUCUAUACAUAACUUUCUAAAUGAUAAAGCCUGGAAUGAAAUCCUCAAAUGGGAAAAAAUGAAAAAAUGCAAUUGUGAUGGGCCCAAAUUAUUACGAUUCAGAGGAAGGCCGCAAGAACCAAGUCCAAAAGCUCGAAUGUUACAAUGGGCUUCAAAAUUAUUUCCUUCGAUAGGUACACCGCCUCCUUUUGAUCGCCAUGAUUGGACGAUUGAUAGGUGUGGUAGAGAAGUACGUUAUGUAAUCGAUUAUUAUUCGGCACCUGAUGAAGGGGAAAAUCCUGUAUUUUAUCUUGACGUACGACCAGCCUUGGAUUCCUUUGAUAGUGUCGUUGAUAGAAUUAAAGUUGCUACCAAGGAAACUUUUGCGCAGCUUAGAGAAAGAGCAAAGGCUGCAAGGCAAGGAACUGGAGAUGAUAGAUCAUGA